AUGAGCGAUUCCCUUCCUGUCCCUGGAACGGUCCAGCAACUAGAGUUGGAUCCUACUUUGCAUCCGAACCACAACAUAGCGAGGAAUGAUAUCGUCUUGAUUCCUCGACCAAGUUCCCAUCCCGAUGAUCCUCUCAAUUGGUCCCGCUCUCGCAAAAUGCUAAACACCACAUUCCAAAUGGCCUGGUGCUUUUUCGCCGCCGCCCUCAUCAGUGGCCUUUCGUCCUCCUACCUUCUCAUUUCGGAAGAUACGGGUAUCUCAGUUGCAGAUCUCAGCACGGGCAAUGGACUGAUGUAUCUCUUCAUGGGUUGGGGCACUCUGCUGACACAGAACCUUGGGCAGGACUAUGGCCGCCGCCCGAUUUUGAUCAUUGGCAUGCUCGGAUCCGCACUCAUGCAGAUUUGGUCUGCAUACAUCCAGUCGGUUGGAGAAUGGUACGCUAAUCGGAUCCUUCUGGGUAUAUUCGUCUCUCCCCAAGAGGCCCUGAUCGAGCUCUGCAUCGCGGAUGUACAGUUUGCCCAUGACCGUGGCUUCCAUAUGGGAAUAUACAAUUGGACAUUGUGGUGCGGUGCUUUCCUAUCCCCCAUCGCUGGUGGAUUUGUCGCCGAGUCACUGGGGUGGAGAUGGAUUCAAUAUAUUCUGGCAAUCAUUGGUCUUUGCUUUACCGUCGCAACAUUCUUUGGUUUUGAGGAGACGAUGUUCUUCCGCCAGGUCAACAUCCAGGACCCAAUAGUCUGCGCCCCCAAGGCCACCUCCAUCGAAUAUGGAUCUCCUGAAAUGACCGGAGAUUUCAGCUGUGAUGAUAAGAAGCAUGACGGCCUAGAGGUCACCCCUGUCAUCGCCGAGACGCACGGGCUCAAGACAUAUAGUCAGAAGCUCAAGGUGUGGGGAUUGAGACACCCAGAGCAGCCAUUCAAUUUCCUGAGGUCAAUCCUCCUUUCAUUCCGACUUGUAUCCUUCCCAACGACAAUCUUCUCCGGUCUCCUCGUGGGAAGUGUUCUCGCAUGGUACAAUGUUCUUGGGGGUUCCUUGGCAGAGGUUCUGGGAGGUGCUCCAUAUAACUUCACCACAGAUCAGAUCGGCCUUACCUACUUCGCAAGUGUCAUAGGUGUUUCAAUCGGAUGCUACUUCAGUGGAUGGCUGAGUGAUAUCCUUGCAAUUCGCUUGGCUACUCGGAGACAGGGUAUCAAAGAGCCAGAAGACCGUCUGUGGAUGUUCGUCAUUGCCCUCGUCGCCCAUCCACUCGGGUGCAUAUUAUAUGGCGUCGGCGCCAGCCAUCAUAUCCCUUGGAUUGGUGUUGUCAUUGGGAUGGCUUUCAUCUGUGUUACCCUACCGAUGGGAUCUGGUCUAGCCAUCACCUACAUCAUUGAUAGUCAGAAGGAGCUUGCUGGAGAGUCAAUUGUGACUGUUAUACUGAUUCGAAACACUAUUGGAUUUGCAUUCGCUUACGCUGUCAACCCGAUGAUCACAAAUAUGGGCCUUCAGAAUACAUUCAUUCUCAUAGCAGUGCUGGGAAUGAUUCUGUGGAGCGGAUGUUUACUGUGGAUCAAGAUUGGCAAAGCGGCGCGCAGGUCAAUUUCCAAAUCUUACUGGAAUCUUGUUGAGGUCCAUGGCCUUACGGCUCAUUGA